AUGCUAUUAUCUCAUAAGCUCCCGUUCGCCCUCACGAUUGUUUUAGCGCCCUGUCGUCGCGCAUGAAGCCGUUAAUCUCAAUCUCGGCUUCCAGGAUCCUCCGUGUCAAUACAUUAUGGAGCGACUGUAGCAACACAGCAGCAGACUGCGUGGCGGUUUCCGGUGUCCGUCUGAGGAGGAUGGCGUCCGGCUUCAACCGCAUCUCUCCCACCGCCGGUCUAUGGAGCCUGCUAAAUCCCGAAAGUUGUCGACUCCAGACCAGAGAGGGGGGCGAAAAUCACAUAUAAUCUACUCGUGUAUUCCCACUAAUUUCAAAGGAAGUUUGUAAUCCUGUAUAGCGCUCAGCUCCUCCCAAUUUUCUGAUUACUGUCUCGUAAACCUCACCACCCCCCCCUUAGCUGGGCAUUAAAAUUCCCUUUCAUCUGUUGGAAAGUGAAUCCCUACAUGCGAAGUGGAAGGAUGACGGAGGCGUGGCAGCAACAGCAGCAGCAUGCAGUGGCUCCACCCUCUGUAGUGCACACGCUACCCCAAGCUACUGAUAACCCUCUGGGCUGUGCUGUAUAUGGUGUGGUCCUGCAGCCAGAGUCUGCCUUGCAGCAACCCCAGCAUGGCCAGCAUGGCCAGCAACACUCUGUUCCAGCCCAGCAGCCCUCCUUACAAGUAGGGGGUGAGAGAGGGCAUAAAUGUGGAGCCUGUGGCCAUGACAUAUCACAUUUGGCCAACCCUCAUGAGCACCAGUGCAUGGUGAGCCAAGACCGUUCCUUCCAGUGCACUCAGUGCAUGAAAAUCUUCAGCCAGGCAACAGAUCUUCUGGAACACCAGUGUGUGCAGGUGGAGCAGAAGCCCUUUGUGUGUGGUGUAUGCAAGAUGGGCUUCUCGCUGCUCACCUCUUUGGCCCAGCAUCAUAACUCACAUGGCAAUGGAAACAAUCCAAUGAAGUGCUCCAUUUGUGAGAAGACCUACCGGCCAGGUUCUGGAAAUGCAACCCCGACCUCCUCAGCUGCCAACCCUCAGCAGCCUUCCACUGGUGAGACAUCUGGUGGUGGUGCGGCAAUUAGUGCCUCGUCUCCCCCAGCAUUUGAGGCCUCUGCACCAGAUAGGCCCUAUAAGUGCUCAGUGUGCCAUAAGGCGUUCCGACAUUUGUCAGAGCUGACCCGCCACGAAAGAGUACACACAGGUGAAAAGCCAUACAAAUGUGACACAUGUGAUAAAAGCUUCAGCCAGUCUUCUCAUUUGGCCCAUCACCAGCGCACUCACAGCUCUGAACGGCCAUACAAGUGUGCGGUCUGUGAGAAGAGCUUUAAGCAUCGCUCUCACCUUGUUCGCCACAUGUAUGCCCAUUCGGGGGAACACCUCUUUAAGUGCAAUUUGUGUGAGAUGCACUUUAAGGAGUCGUCUGAGCUCCUGCACCACCAAUGCCAGCCAAUAGGGGAAAGACCUUUCCGCUGCGGUUCUUGCGGCAAAAGCUUCAAACGGCCGUCUGACUUGCGGCAACAUGAACGCACCCACUCAGAAGAGCGACCUUUUCAGUGCGAAGAGUGCCAGAUGAGUUUCAAACAGCAGUAUGCCCUUGUGCGCCAUCGUCGCACACACAAGAAUCCUGCCGAUCGCCCCUUCAAGUGUAACCUUUGUGAUAAGGGAUUUCUACAGCCAUCCCACCUGCUCUACCAUCAGCAGGUCCACGGUAUGGAGAGUCUGUUCAAGUGUGCAUCCUGCCAGAAGUCUUUUAGCCAAUCAGGAGAACUACUGAGGCAUAAAUGUGGUGGUGAAGUGGAGAAGCCAUACAAGUGUGAUGUGUGUGGCAAGGGAUACAAAAAGAAUUCCACAUUGCAGCGCCACCAGAACUCUCACUGUACAGAGAAGCCACUGAAAUGCUCUCUGUGUGACAGGCGGUUUGUGUCAUCCUCCGAGUUUGUUCAGCACCGCUGUGACCCAACCCGUGAGAAGCCGCUGAAAUGCCCCGACUGUGAAAAGCGCUUCAAGUACUCCUCUGAGCUGCAGCGACAUCGUCGUGUUCACACUGGGGAGAAACCUUUCAAGUGUGCCAGCUGUGAUAAGAGCUUCAAACAACGCGAGCACCUGGCUAAGCACCAAAGUGUGCACUCGCGGGAAACCCAGUUUAAGUGUGUCUGGUGCGGGGAGCGUUUUGUUGACCUGACAGCUCUGCAGGAGCACACAGUCCAGCAUACUGCUGAAGGAGAAAGCUUCCCUGCAGCUCCAUGCAUCCCUUGAGUAGCGUUGCUUUUCAGCCCUGGGCAGUAACAUGGAGAGCUGUCCACACGGCAAGGUGUGCCAGCCUCUGCUACCCCAUUUGUAGCCUGUAACAUUCACCCAUUAUUUACAUUUAAUGUUAUUUACUGUCACCUGUAAUGACUCAGUACAUCUCCUCAACCCUCAAUGAAAAAAUGGCACAACACCCUUGAUCCAUGGGGCAGAUUAGUGACAUAUUGGCCAUAUAGCUCCCUUAUUUGGAACUCAUGGAAAAAAAGGAAAAAAAAAAACUUGAACAUGAUGAAAAUGGUAUGUAAUGUAAAAUGCAGGAAGAUUUAGAACCUCUUGUUUUAUUUCUUUUUUUGUCUGUUUUUAUUUUUUAUUUUAUUUUACUUUUUUUUUUUUUUUUUUUUUAAAUUGAGUGUGGGACCUUACUCUGUGGUUGCAUGUGAUUGUUUUGUAUUUGGUGGUUUUGUCAUUGAGCAAGAAAGCAAGAACGUUUCAGACAGGUCAGCAAUGUCUGCUUGUGUAUAAGCUCCUCUGAAUUCCAUGUGCCUUUACUGACUCAAUCACUUUGUAUUCGGUUAAUUAACAUUUUCAUUUAAUGUCUGAUAUAGCUGAAAAAAUCAUCCAUACACAGUGGCUGGCUUGUGCAACAAUAUCCUUUCAUGUAGACCUAGGUAAUAUCUGUUUGUGCAUGAAUAUUUAUCAUACUUAAAUAUCACUGUAUUAUAGGUUUGGUUUAUUUAGGAAAACUAAGAAGAAAAAAAGACAAGUGGAUUUGUGAAAAUGUAUAGCCGGUGUCCUAUGAAAAUCUGUGUUGUUGCAUCUUUGUAUUAAAAUAAAUGACAUCUAGGUAACUAACCCAUACCUAUCAUGUCAUACAGACACUUGACAUGUGCAAUAGAACAUGCACAAUGUAAUAUUUAUGACUACUGAAUCAUGGCAUAGUCUACUCUGUUAUAUUAUAGAUUGUGUGCAUAUGCUUAUGUAAACAUUGAAAAAUGUACAGUGCUAAUAUGUUACCUGCUUUUGUAUUCACUCUGAAUGAGCUUGCUGUAUUUUGCAAGCACAUUAGUUUCGAUUCCAAAUGGUUUAUCACAAGAGUAUAUGACGAACUUCAAAACAUUAUUUUGCUCACCUGCCACAAACUAGCAGCAUUAGUUAAUGUACGAUAGUUUUUUUUCUUUUCUUUUCUUUUCUUUUCUUUUUUUUUUUAACAAUAGUAAUGUUACUUUCCUUUUUGAAGAAUUGGCCUUGUUAUGAAUUGACCUCCAGCCUCCUUUUCACCCACAGCAGAAAUUCAGCAGACUUAUUUUCAGUAGCCUCAAAGUUGCGACUUUUGUGUUGGUUUAUGCCUGUGAUAAAGUAAAAGAUUUGUGUAUUUUA